AUGAUGCUUAGAAGUGUGUUUGGCUUUAGUUCCAGAAUUUUUUCCAUCCAUAAUGGUAGUAGAUUAUUCCAAAGAGACGCAUUCAGUUGUUAUUCGACCGCAACUCCCCGCGUUUCCGAAAAUCUUAAUGGGCCAACACUCGAAGCAGCCGAAAAGAAAUAUCCCCAAAAUAUUGUCAGGAUUGUCGAUCAAAUAGCCGCACUUACAAUACUUGAGGUAGCAGACCUAAACGAACUAUUGUCGAACAAGCUGAAUAUUAAGGCGCCAACCUACAGCAUGGGAUUCAUGCCACCUCAACAAGCAUCUGGGACCAAGAAAGAGGAAGCAGAAGAGGCUGAGCAAGCACCCACUAAAACCUCCUAUGCUGUCAAACUUAUGAAGUUUGAUGAAGCCAAGAAAGUUCCACUCAUUAAGGAAAUCAAAAACAUUCUUCCAGAUAUGAACCUUGUUCAGGCCAAGAAGUUCGUUGAGGCUGCACCAGGAGUUCUAAAGAAGGACCUUAGUAAAGAAGAAGCAGAUAAGAUUAAAAAGUCACUAGAAUCGUGCGGAGCCUUGGUAGAACUCGAAUAA